GCAGCGAGCGUUCACCAGGAAGCACAAUGAAGAUCAUGGUUACCAAAGUGCUGUGUCUGCUGGGCAUCUGUGUCCUCAUGCUGGCUGGGUCCCUCCUCCCCGUCAAGAUAAUUGAGGCUGAUUAUGAGAAAGCUCAUCGCUCCAAGAAGGUCCUUGCCCUCUGCAAUUCUUUUGGAGGAGGAGUCUUCCUGGCCACCUGCUUCAAUGCCUUGCUGCCUGCUGUCAGAGAAAAGCUUGAUGAAGUUCUCAGGCAGGGGAACGUGACCACAGACUACCCAGUGGCUGAGACCAUCAUGAUGGUUGGCUUCUUUGUGACGGUCUUUGUGGAGCAGCUCAUCUUGACCUUCCAGAAGGAAAAGCCCUCCUUCAUUGACUUAGAGACCUUCAAUGCCGGUUCGGAUGUCGGGAGUGACUCUGAAUACGAGAGUCCCUUCAUUGCAUCUUCCCGAGGGCGCACAUUGUACAGUGAACAUGGUCACCACUCCCACAGCCAUGGCCUGAAUAUCCAGGAGCUCUCCCGCUCCAGCCCCUUACGGCUCAUUGGGCUGGUGUUUGCUUUGUGUACGCAUUCCAUCUUUGAGGGACUGGCCCUGGGCUUGCAGGAGGAGGGAGGCAAAGUCAUGAGCUUGUUCCUCGGAGUUGCAAUUCACGAGACGCUGGUAGCGGUGGCAUUGGGCAUCAGCAUGGCCAAGACCUCGUUGCCACUGAAGGAUGCUGUGAAGAUGGCUGUGACGGUGAGCCUGAUGAUUCCUCUGGGCAUUAGCAUUGGGAUGGGGAUUGAAAGCACACAAAAUGCAGCCAGCAACAUCACUUCCCUGCUCCUGCAAGGCAUUGCAGGGGGCACUUUCCUGUUCAUCACCUUCUUUGAGAUCCUUGCAAAGGAGUUGGAAGACAAGAACGACCGUCUCUUGAAGGUUCUCUUUCUGGUGCUGGGCUACACAGCUCUGGCUGGGCUGGUCUUCUUCAAGUGGUGAGCACGGGAGCGAUGGAAAGCAAACCUCACCUCCUUCCCUUGCAAACGGCACCAGAGAUGAGCCUCCUCUUCAGCCAAGGGGGACACUGAAGCUCAACAGCCAAGUGAAACAUCACAGUCCAGCGCUAUUUCCAUAUUGACCUGAAGGAGAACUUCUUCCUUUGUGCUCAGAGGGAGAUAAAAAUGAGGAGUGUCCCAGUGUAGGUGUUACAAGGUAUUGUUCCUGCCUGUUGGAUCUGCAGGUGCGGCAGCUUGUGCAGAGAUUAGUCAACACAAAAUGUUAAGAAUCUGGUUCUAAGGCUGCAUUCAAAGAGCUCAUCAAGCAUGUGGCUUUCUGUUAAUCUGCACAGCCAGCCCCCUCCCUCCUUCCCCUCACACUCAUUGCAGAAGCUAUGGCUGAGAGCAUGCUUCCUUGGCUCUCAGGCUCUGAGAAGGUGAGAAACAAUAACAGAAAUAAAGUCAAAAGCAGGUGGGAUCAUGGAUUGCACAGCUGCACUAAGCUGCUUUUGCUAGCUUAGUUUUGAGCAAAACCUGGUUGUAAUAGCUGCCAAAAAUAACAUCCCUUCUGGGGCUGCUCGGUGUGCCUGGUGCCACUGCUCCCUCUGAGCAGAGCUUCCAUUUUAACCCACGAGUGGCUCUGGGAGCUUUUGUUUCUCAGAGUGAUUAAUGGAAGAAAUGAGGCUAGGCCAUGCCCCUGUCCCAUGCUUCAUUCUCUGCAUCUCAUCCAUAUGUUGAGCAUUCCCUAAAGAAAAUCUCCAGCAGUGUGUUAAAGUAUUGUUUGAGAAUCCUCAUGGCCCUGUCUGCAGGCUCUCUCACAGCACGCGCGGAGCCCGGGAUCCAUUAGUUUGUGAGAAACGGGCAGCAGCAAUUUUCAGCAUUAAUAUUUUAGGGCAAGCGCUUGUGUUUAAAUGGUCUGCAGUGAAAUGGGUUUAGCAGUCACCAUCAAACACGUCUUUGGGGCUGCUCCCAGAGCCUCUGCUCUCGCUGUCAGCAGACUCACGUGGCUGUACUGCGCUACAGAGGCUUUGCAGGGUGUUUUGUUGGUGUUUUCAAAGGAGAGAAAUCUCUUCCCUGGUGGUUUGUGAGGUUGUGGAAGGGCUGAUUAGAGGCAUUUGCAAUCUGACUGCACAUGAGCAGAUCUUUCUGUCUCUCCAGAGCGCAGCCCCUGGGGAAGCUCAGCCUGCUGUGGAUCCUGUCGUGAUCCUUUGGAUUUGCCCUCCUAGGUGAGGAGCUCGGAUCAGAGGCUGGAGCCAGGAUCCUCCUGUGGCUGUAACACAAGAGAGCGGCUCCUGCUCUGCAGCCCGGCAGGGUAAUGCAGCCGGGCUCCUUGCUGGCCUCUCGUGGGGGGAUGCAUUUUAAUUAGAUGUAGCCUUCGCUUCUGCAGCAGCUUCUGCAGGCAAAGCAAAGCUUUUAGAAGUGCUGAUGGAAUUAUAACGAUGUAGAGCGGGCUUAGCUGUGGCGCAGUCCCUGUUAUCAUGAUCUAAGUGGGAAGAAGGAUGGGUGAGACUGUGAAGCAGCAUCUUGGAGCCAGUGGUUGGCACAGCUGCAGCAUAUGGAGGCUGAUGAGGAUCAUCUGACAGUUCCUGGUGCUUGCUAUUUUAAUUGCUGCAACAUACCAAAGUCAAUUAAUCUUGCUUUGAAAAACCUGGAGUGGAAGGGGGGAGAGAGGGUUAUUUUAGGCCUCAGAUGACACAAAUUAGCAGGGCCUGAUGAGAAUGUAAUUUGCCUCGACGUGGUAAACCUCUGUGUGUUAUUUCACUUCUCGCAGGCAACUCAUGCAGGGCAGCAUCACUCCCAUCGAGUGUUUCUCUGUGCUGGUGGUUGUCCCGGGCCAGUGGGCCAAGGGGGGAGAUGUGAGGUGUGAUGCUGGGUUGGGGGGCACAACGACGAGUGUCCCUUCUCAGGCACAACCAUGGGGUUCCUGUUUCUGCCUCUGACUUUCUACAGCUAAUGCUUUUCUUAUAGUUUUUUUUUGUUUGUUUGUUCGUUCCUCCCCCCUGUCUAAGCAACUGUGAGCAUGGUUUUGGUAAAGGCAGGGCCCUGAGGUCAUGGUGUAUCCUAGUGCCCUGUCCUGCAUCUCAUCUUCCUCAUCCUUCCUCCCACCUGGCCCCAUCUGCACUCCAGGGGCUGAUGUACUAAAGCCAAGACAAGCUGUUCAUGGGAGAUUUCUUAACCAGUGCCCAAGAGAUGAGCAGGGCUC